AACGAACCUAUAAAUAGAUUUCCUUAAAUUUCCAACAUACCUCACACCCAUUUAUUCCUCCUCCCCAAACAGAAAAUCGCUUCACAAAAUUCACGUUUACGAUGGCCAAGUCUUACUUCUCAUCGCCAACUAUCGAAAUCACUGUUUUAUCAGGCGAAAACCUCCGGAUCGACCGGAGAUCCAUCAAGAAAAACGCCUUCGUCGUCGUUCGAUCCAAUAGCAGAAACGUUUCCCGGACAACCGAGAUUGAUACCGAGGGCGGUAGCAACCCAAACUGGAAUGAAAAACUCGUCCUUGACUUACCGGUUCACGCAGCGGCAUUGACAGUCGAGGUACACUGCAAAACUGUGAUGGGUAACAGACUUGUCGGAACGGCUUCGGUCCCGAUUUCGGACUUUUCCGGUGGGUACGUGCCUGAGAGUCACCUACAUUUCUUGAGUUAUAGAUUGAGGGAUCAGAAAGGCGAAAGGAACGGGAUUAUCAAUUUGUCAGUGAAAACCAAGUUUGCGGUAGCGCCGGAGCAUUCGUGCGCGGCGUCUUCUACGUCGAUGGCGUCGUCUCCUGUGGCUGGAGUUCCGGUCGGGAAGAAUAAUUUGGGUGGCGUUGUGACUGGGUUUCCCGUUUGGUCCGCCUCUUAUUAAUCGAAAUUAAAUUUCGAAGGAAAUCUCCUAACAACAACGAAUAACUAUUUUGACUUAAUUGAAUAAGGAGUAUUCCAGAGGAAAGUAUUGCCGUAUCAGAAACUUAAUUUGUACAUUUAUUUUUAUUGACUAUUUUCAAUAUAUAUCAUAAGAAACAUCAGUAAAUCAUUAUUAAUUA